AUGGAUAUUAUGACAUCUCUGUUUCCUGGACGAGUUUGUUUAAUUUCUGAUGAUAAUAAUAAUAAUACAUUAUCAGCAACAUUUGUUGUUAAUAAUCUUCGUAUGAGUGAAGGACUACUUUACAAUUCAGAAGAUUAUCCUUUUUUAACUGAAAAUGUUCGUUGGAAUACAAGUGAUGUUUGUGGUUAUGGUAUUGAAAUAGAUGGUAUCAAUAUUCGAAUUCAUUAUUGGUUAAAUGGUCGUUAUUUAGGUACAGCUUUUUCACAUGAUUUUCUCCUAAGUUCAUCAACAACAUUAUGUAAUAUGUUACCAAAUGGAUUUGGUGCAAUCUAUUUUCCAGGUGUUAGUUUAAGAGUCAAUAAUACAUCAAUAUUAAGUUCAUGUGAAUUUGUAUUUAGUCCAGAGGAUAUGUAUGAAUGUCCAUUACCGAAUGGUUAUAAACCAUUAUUAGUUCCUAAAUUAGUUAUAAUCGUUCCUUAUCCAUAUAGUACAUAUUUGAUUAGUGAACAUGUUCAAGAUAAUAUUUAUCGAAAACGAAAUGAUUCUUCAAAAAAUUUUCUAAAAGAUUUUGUCAAUGAUGAUCAUCUGGAAACUAUAUUCACUGUAUAUAAGGACCAACUGAUAUUGCCAAAAGAUAGUCAAGGUUUUCCAAUAACUAUCGAUCAUAAUGAUUCUUGGACAAUUACGUUUGAUUUUAAUCUAUAUGAACUUCAACUUCAUGAUCUAGUAUUAAUCGCAUUUAAUGCUACAGAAGCAUUUCAAAUUCAAAUACCAUUAAAUAAGAUCACCGAUGAUACACGAACAGCUAUUAUCUUCGGUGUAAAAUAA